AGAUUUGACAUUCCAUUAAAGGUGAAAAACACUGAUCACCACCCACAUGAUGCAGGCAGAAGGAUUAUCACCUAAGAAGGUCUGGAUUUGCGGGCACAGUAUUGUGCAUUGGGCCCACGCUCGUGCAACAGAAUCCAUCUGGGAAGAGAACCUGGGUUUUCCUUCCUACAUACAGAUAUCCUGGAUCACUCAGAGGGGAAUGAGAUGGCAUCACGUGCUGCCACUUCUGACAAAUCAAAUCUCCUUGUUGGGUCCACCUGAUUUCAUUGUCUUCCAGGUGGGUGAGAAUGAGCUGGGUGAAUGGAGAGCCAUUGACCUCACCAGGGUCAUUGCUAAGCACUUGGAGACCUUACAUGCUCAGUACCCACAGAUCAUCCUCUGCUGGUCUUAUCUACUGGAGAGGCAGUUUUGGUUUGGCCAGGGGGGUUGCAUCCUCCAGGGAUCUGUCAUGAAUCGAGCCAGGAAGAGUUUAAAUCGUAGAAUAAAGCGCAAGGUGCAGUUCCUGGGUGGUAUGGCAAUUCGGCACCCUAAUAUUACCUUGAAAAAUGGGGCCAUAUUCAGACGUGAUGGAGUGCAUCUGACUGACAUGGGUAAUGAUAUUUGGUUGUCUGAUCUGGUGGGAUGCUUAAGGUUUUGGCUUCAGAUAUGAGUGGUUUGGUGGUGAGCUUGAGUGGUGGUUUAGGCAUUGUAUAGGCAUAAUCUUGGUUAGAGGGGAGGUUGUAGUCUGUGCCUGACACCUCCAAAAUGGGGCAUCCCAUUAGAGGGAUCCAGGGGAGAUGCUUUCAGCUGGCCUGCCUGCCAGAAGAACUUACAUUUUGGGGUCAACUAGAAAUGAGGGAGUUCCUGACCUACAUCAAGGAGUAACUCCCCAACUUGAUUGCGCUUGGGGAGUGCUAAGUGCUUGAUUUGAGUCUACACAACACCUAUGCCACACCUCUUACAUCUACAGUCACUAAAGUUGUGGUCUGAUUUCACCCAAAUAAUGGCUGUCGUGCCUCUUAUUCUUGCGGAGGACCAAGCGGUAGGAGGUAAUGCCUUGCCACACUAUUUUAGGAAAUGCUGGUCUAGCAGCUAAAUGCCACUUAGCAAUGUAUAAGAGAUAAGGUAGAUUCCCUCCCCUGCCCCCAAGCAUACAGUGG